AUGCAGUUAGUAAAUGGGCUGGGAGCGUGGAGCAGCUGCGGGUAUUCGCUUCAACUUGGGCCAGCCCCGCGUCGUAGUGUAAUUAGAAAAACCACAACCGAAUUGUUUCGAUCGACUAGCUCUUAUGCAGCAGUACUGCGACAAAUUGGUAAAGAAAACUUGAAGAAGGCAUUAAGGGAUGAUGCACCAUUGCCAUUUAUUAGUCGUCGAGCAAUUCGUCGUGAUAGACUUCAGUUCACAAUAAAUGGACAAGUAUCAGUAUGUAUAACUCCCAGUACAGGAGCAGUAACCAUACAAGAACGCGGUUUCCGAACUAAAAGAACAGGAAGUGGAGGAUUAGGAGGGCAUACUGGAGGAUCGAAAGUUGAUCGUGAAAAGAACAAGUGA